UUUUUUUUUUUUCAUGCUUUGUUUUAGUGGAGGAAGCAAGAUAGCAGAUAUCAUAACAAGCUAUUUAACAUCUUUUAUCUUGAAAUUGUAGUUUGUUACUUUAACUAAUUGUCUGAAUUGAAUUCAUCUAUCUAUCAUCAGACUACAGUACCACCAAAUGUAAAAUAUAAUUGUAUGUUGCAUAAUAUUAACUAAUAAGAAUAUUCAGCUUGUUUGCAGCUGAUGCUAGCGGCAUUGAAAAAAAAAUAAAAAAUAUGAAAAUAAAAAAAUUAUAAUGAGAUGCAACAUACUUGUAAGCAAAACAUCAAUAAAGAAUAUGAGUGAAGAUGAUGACUAUAUAAAGGCUCUAGAAAUACAGAGAAGAAACUUUGAAGCCCAGUUUGGAUCCAUCGAAACUUUGGGGUAUGAAGAUAAGUCAAAAUCUGCAUCGAAUGGGAUUAAAGAUAUAGAUUCAAGUGAAGAAGAGGAAGAAGAAGAUAACUUUGAAGGAUUUCAAUCAGGAGAAGAGUCUGAGGACUAUUCAUCUUCAUCCUCUGAAGACGACGAAAGUUACAGUAAUGGCUCAGCACAAGUCAAAUCGGAAGUGAUACGACCAAAAGUCUUUAAAUUAAAUGAUCCAAAUGAAUCCAAUAAAGCACCAAUGGUAUCAAAGAGAGAAAGAAAGUUAUUAAAAUCUGGAAGAGCACCAACGUUAGCAGAGAUUGAAAAGAAAGAAGAAUUGGCCAGGAAACAAACUAAGAAACAACUUCUUAAAGCUGGAAAAGAUGAUGGUGAAAAUAUAGAGAAUGAUUUAAAAUUACAACGAUUAUUAGAUGAAUCUCAUAUAUUAGCCAACUCAUUACAAUAUUCAGGAGCUGAUUUAACAUUACAAACCAUAGAUUAUGAAGAUCCAACUGGGAAUGCCAGGAAAAGAGCCUUAGACUCUCGUUUGAGAAAAUUAGCUGCAGUGAAUUCAUCAAGUGAAGGAUUACCUAAGAAAUUAGAAAAUAUGCCAAUGUCAAUGAGAAAAGGAAUGAUCAGAAGUCGUGAUAUGAAAGUAGCAAAAUUCGAAAAAGAAGCCAAAGAAGCAGGAAUUGUUUUAUCUAAAGUUAAGAAAGGCGAAUUAAGAGAUUUGAAAGCAGGUAGAGGUUUCACAUCUAGUGCUGAUAGAUUGGGUACAGGAAAGAAAGUAACUAAAGUAAUUAGAGAUAGAGGUUUAAAGAUUGCCAGUAUAGGUAGAUCAACUAGAAAUGGAUUAGUUAUUCCUCAGAGUCAAAUUGAUAAAAUCAAUAAUCAAGGCCGUCGUUCAAACUCAAAAGGAAAAGGAAAAGGGAAAAGAAGAUGAUGAUACAAAAAAAAGUAUAGAUU